UAAUGCAUUGAUCAUUCUUAAACAAUGAACCAUGAAGUAUAUUUGCUGAACAAACAUCAGUUGGUCACAGAAAUGUGUGUGUGUCUUUUUUCUAUUUUAGUUUCCUUUGACCACUUUCAGAUUCUCAGAGCCAUUGGGAAGGGAAGCUUUGGAAAAGUGUGUAUUGUGCAGAAGAGAGACUCCAGGAAGAUGUAUGCCAUGAAAUACAUGAACAAACAGAAAUGCAUUGAAAGAGAUGAAGUCAGAAACGUCCUCCGAGAGCUGCAGGUCAUGCAACAACUCCAACAUCCGUUCCUCAUCAACCUGUGGUUUUCAUUUCAGGACGAGGAGGAUCUGUUCAUGGUGGUGGAUCUGCUGUUGGGAGGUGAUUUACGCUUCCAUCUGCAGAAGAAGGUUGGCUUUAACGAGCAAACAGUCAAGCUGUACAUCUGUGAGCUUGUGUUAGCGCUCGACUAUCUGCAGCGCUCGCACAUCAUCCACCGUGAUAUAAAGCCAGACAACAUUCUCUUGGAUGAACAUGGUCAUGUCCACAUCACAGACUUCAAUGUGGCCACGAUUCUGCAGGGCUCAGAAACAGUCUCCUCAAUGGCAGGAACCAAACCCUACAUGGCACCAGAGGUGUUUGUCUCGUUCGUGGACGGAGGUGUGGGAUAUUUGUUCGCUGUGGACUGGUGGGCUCUCGGCAUCACUGCAUAUGAGCUCCUGCACGGAUCGCGUCCAUUUGAGAUCCGCUCCUGUACAGCAGCGGCUGAGGUCCUCUGCAUCAUCCACAGUCAGCAGCUGCACUUCUCUUGCAUCUGGAGCCCAGGAAUGAAGCAUCUGAUCCGCAGUCUCCUAACCAGAGACCCCUCAAGUCGCCCGUCGAGUCUGUCUGAGGUCCAGGCGUCUCCGUAUCUGGCAGAUGUGGAUUGGGAUGCCGUGCUGCAGAAAUCCGUCCCACCUGGAUUCGUUCCAAACAAGCGCCGUCUGAACGGUGACCCCACAUUUGAGCUUGAGGAGAUGAUUCUGGAGUCCCGUCCACUGCACAAGAAGAAGAAACGCCUGGCCAAGAGCAGAAACCAACCCUCCAACCCGCUGGUGCGUUCAUCACACACACACACACACACACACACACAUUCACUCACAGCCACAAAAACCACCAAACUACAGCAGCCAGCGAGGUACAAACCCUGAUUCA